AGUGUGUGUGUGUGUGUGAGAGAGAGAGAGAAAGAGAGAGAGAGACAUACCUGUGAGAAGAUAAAGGGGCAUGUGAAAGCCUCGUUGAGCAGACACUCCUCAUUGAUCAAACCUCAGCUGGCAGACGGCCGUCAGUUCAGUACAGUGUGAAGAAAAAAAAAAAAAAAGCCAAGAUGUGUUGCUCCGGCUUUCUCAAAAUGAUGAUGUUUAUCUUCAAUGGCUGCAUCUUCUUGGCAGGUGCAGCCAUCCUGGGUGUGGGAGUGUGGCUGAAGGUGGACAGUGGUUCUUUACUGGGUAUACUGGAUAAUGUGGACAAUGUACCAUCUGGGAUAUCCCAGCUAAUGAACGUCACCUACCUGCUAAUGGCAGUGGGUGGUGUGCUGCUGGUCAUUGGCUUCCUGGGCUGCUGUGGAGCUAUCAAGGAGAGCAAGUGCAUGCUGCUGACGUUCUUCAGUAUUGUGCUGAUCAUCUUCCUCAUCGAGGUCGCAGGAGCUAUUGUGCUGUUCGUCUUCCAGGGUUUGGCUGAUGAACUUCUCUCUGAUCUGGAGCAUGAAGUUAUAUUGAGCAUUAAAAAAGACUAUGGAAGCACUGAAUCUUUGACCUCUAUCUGGAACGUCACCAUGGAUGAGUUUAAGUGCUGUGGAUACAGGAACUACACAGACUUUGACGGUUCCCCUUUUUACAAUGAGGGUAAAGGAAGGUUUUAUCCAACCACAUGUUGCAAUGCAACCCUCAUCACCUCGGAUGAAUGUGCUGCAGAGAUUGCAGAAGUUUCGAUGAUUGACGGCUGCUACUUCAAGCUGCUGCAGCUGAUAGAGGACAAUGCUGUGAUCGUUGCAGCUGUGGCUCUUGGAAUUGCUGCUAUUGAGAUUGCUGCCAUGGUGGUUUCGAUGGUUCUCUACAAGAACAUUAAGUGAUGUGUCCCGUCAGAGAUGAGAUGACAACAUUGUAAUUGGUGGAGAAAUUUAACUUGGUGUAAAGUUUAUUUUCUUUUCCUUUGAUUCAAAACAGACAAGAUAACCUAACACAUGCAUUAUUGGCAUGUAGAGCAUUAAAACCAAAGAUGGAGAGGUAGAUGUUUGAGCUACUGUGUUUUUCCAUUUCAAAACUGUAUCUGAACGCACUUAUACUGUGAUUUAUUUAUGUUUUCAGAAGGGCUGUUGUCAGAUGAUAUUGUAUGUGCUGAAACAUAUGGCUGGUAAUGUGUAAUGAUGCACAGAGCAGAGAAGGAUCUUCGCAAGUUGUGUCAGUUGUUUCUGUCCCACACAUUCACUGCAAUAAUAUGAUAAAUUUAUUUUUGUAUGUUUGAUCAUAUAUAAAUAAUAAAUGUCACAAUCUUGACUUUUACAAUUA